GGAUUUGCACCAGGGCAACCACAAGGUUACGCACCAGGGCAACCUCAAGGUUACGCACCAGUACCUCAAAUGCCGCCUUAUGGGGAGGCACCAUACGGUGGACAACAGCCACCUCCAGGACAUUAUGGACCACCACAACAACCCUAUAAUGGACCUGGACCUGGUGGUUUUCAACCUGGGCCCCAACCAGGCCCGGGUGGCUUUCAGCCAGGUUAUGGUGCUCCACAAGGACCAAUUAUUACGCAACCCGGUGCACCAAUGCCACCUGGAGCUCAAGGCGAAUGGAUGAGUAUACCCGCAGGUAUACCGAAUUGUCCGCGCGGAUUGGAGUACCUUACGACUGUCGACCAGCUUUUGGUUAAACAAAAGGUCGAAUUACUUGAAGCUUUUACUGGUUUCGAGACAAACAAUAAAUUUAGCAUUAAAAAUGCGCUUGGUCAAAAAGUUUACUAUGCUGUGGAGGAUAAUGAUUGUUGCACACGUAACAUGUGUGGCCCGGCACGUCCAUUUGAUAUGAAAGUAUUUGAUAAUUUCCAAAACGAGGUAAUACAUAUGUAUCGUCCUUUGGCUUGUUCAGCCUGCUGCUUUCCUUGUUGUUUACAAACGAUGGAAAUAUCAGCACCACCGGGUAAUGUGAUAGGCACAGUCGAACAAGAAUGGUCUAUAUGUUCGCCCUCAUUUCGUAUUAAGAAUCAUGUCGGAGACACUGUAUUACGUAUUGAAGGUCCAUUUUGUACAUUUUCAUUUUGUGGUGAUGUAGAAUUUAAUGUUGUUUCACUUACUGGCGAAAAUGUUGGUAAAAUCUCAAAACAGUGGUCUGGUUUUGCGCGAGAGAUCUUCACAGAUGCUGAUUUCUUCGGUAUAACAUUUCCACUUGAUUUAGAUGUGCGUAUGAAAGCAGUACUUUUGGGUGCAACCUUCCUAAUUGAUGCUAUGUUCUUCGAGAAACAAGCUAAUAGAGAAUCUGAUCGUCCCGGCAUGUUCUAAUUUUUUAUGAAACAAGCCAUUUCAGCUAAGCUAAGCAUUUCAACGACUUAAAAUAUUUGAAUUUGCCUUAAAGGCAUAUAAAUAAGUUUUUUUUCAAAAUUUUGUUAUAACAAAUAAAAAAUCUUUAAAAGAUUCACUAGUCUUUUCGGCCAAAGUUAAUUAAAUUCUUAAAAGGUUACCCUAUCUCAUAUUAUAUGUAUGUAAAAUGAAUAAUUGCAUUUUGUUGUUUGAUAUUGCUUUCUAAUAUUUAUAUAUAUAUAUAUAUGUUAAUAUUACUGACAAUAUUAUAAAAGCAUAUACGAAUACACUUUAACUCUCAGGUAAUUAUUAACUAGUUCUUAGUUUAAUUAUAAUAUAUAUAAAAAUAAAGUAUAU